CACAUACAAUUUUUAAAUUAGUAUUAAAAAUGGACGACAAGAAUUAAAAUCGUCUGGACUUCAACUCCAAAUGUCUACAUUUAAUAUAAACAUGAGAACUGGAGGAAAUUAAAAAUAUGUUAAAGUGCGGGUGAACUAUGAAGGAUCGAAAAGACAAGCUUAAAGCUAAAACAUGGGAAAGAGACAGAAGGCAACGCAUGGACACAUGCUACAAAACAUUAGCAGAAUUAUUGCCUCCCCAUCAGGAAGGGAGAAAACGAAACAAAGUAGAGAUUCUUCUUCACGCCACAAAAUAUAUCAGAGACCUCCAUAAUCGCACUGAUGAAUUGUUUUGCACCCGUGGUACUGCGGCACACAAAGAAGAAUUGUCACGAUUGAAAAAGCUGGUAACACAAUUAUUAUCGCAUAUACAAUUACUCUCAACUCUUUUGAAGGAUGCUGGGAUAUCUGUACCUGCUGAACCAGCUUUAGAAAAAAUCUCUCCAAAAUUAUGGUCUAAUAAAAUAACAGCUGAUAUAACCGAAUGUUUUAUUAAAGAACAAAGUAAAAAAUCAGAAAAAGUAAAACGAAGAAGUCCACUUAAAUCAAGUUUAAAGAAAAAUUCUCCUAAAAAGUCUUCCGUACGUAAAAAUUUUACUGCAACCGACAAAAGUGUUAAUGAAAAUCAAGAAAAUUGUGUAAAUGGAAUAACAAAUAAAGAUGAUGAUGAUUCUUCUAAAGUAAACAGUAAAUCCUCUCCAAGUACGACGCCAAUUUCAGAACAAAAUGAUGAUGUAGAAGUUACUUCACCAUCAUUUACAGGUAAAUCAACUAAACGGAAAACAGCUAAAAGAGCAAAAAAGGAAAAAAUCGAUAAGAAAUCAUUAUCAGGUAAUAAUGGUUCAAUUACAAAUCUUCCUCCAGGAGCACUUGUUUUUUCCGGAACAAAGUUAAUGCCGGUUGUGACGCCAAUGUCACAAAUCACGUCAAAUAUUGUAGUCAAUCAUCAAUCACAAAAUCCUAUAAUUUUAAAUAAUGCACAGCAAAGCCCGAUGAUAGUUAAUCAGCAUCCCACCACUAAUCCAAUAAUCUUGAAUAAUACUCAUCAAAAUCAAAUGAUUGUUAAUCAACAUCAACACGCUAAUUCGAUAAUUUUAAAUAACGCCCAACAAAAUCAAAUGAUUGUCGUUCAUCCAUUGCAAGCGAAUCAAGUUCAAAAUUCCGUUAUUUCAUUGCAAAAUCAAACGACAAUUAGAAAUAUUAUACCAAGCACUUCGAAAAUACCACGAAUAUCGAAUUUAGCGAGUGUUUCAAAAUUUACCGGUGUACAAAAUUUACAAAAAGGUAUUACAAACGAUGAUAUUGUUAAUUUAAAAAGUAUUGCUGAUAAUUCAAAAAUAGGAGGACAUAAAGCAAUACUGCCAAAAUCAGCAUUUACAAAGGCAAUAACAAAAACAACAAUGACAUACAAAGUUCCCAUUCCAGCAAUUCAUAAGGAGAAAACCAUAGCAGAAAACAAGGAAAUCGAAAUAGAAGAGCGUUCAAAAGGAAAACCAUCAAAGUCUUCUAAAAAUCAGAAAGAUCAACGAAAUCGUGAAAAUUCCAAUUCUGAUGAUAAAACAUCACAUAAACGUAGUGCAAGUGACAAUAAAACUCAAGAAUCAAAUAGCAAAAAACGAAAACUUACAGAAAAUGAUGGCGGAAAAUCAUCUCAAGUAAAAAUUACAAGUAUUGUCGAAAUACCCGCAAAUUGUAAAACUAUUGGAAACAUCAAGCAAGCAAUUAAACAUACAGAACAUGGAUCUGAGAAAAAGACAAACAAAAAUUCAGACAAUCCGCCAAGUGAUAAAAAUUGUGAUUUAAAACAAAUUGAUACAAAGAAUUCAGAAUCUAAUGAAAUUGAAACAAAUGUUGAUUUGGUAGAAAUUAAUAAAAAUAAUCAAGAAAAUCAAUCGCAGAAUUUGAAAGAACCCAUAGAAUCAAUUUCAAUUGAGACGAACGAUAAGGAUAAAAAUUCAUCUCUCUCUUUACAAUCAAUAAAACCAAUCAACAAUGAAGUUAUGAUAUCAAGAACUAAUGAAGACUGUGAUAUUGAUACGGGCUUCGAUAAUCUUUUGCAACCAAACAAUACUGAACCUUCAAUCAUAGAAGAGGAAGUAACGCCAGAGAAUGAUAAAAUUAUUCUAAAUCUCGAUACAAAUACAACAACAACUCUGAAAUUAGAAUCAAAUGAUACAAUAAAUAAAUCCAAUGAUUCGAAGCAAAACGAAUCCACUGAAACUUCUAAAGAAGAAUUAAAAUCCCUUUCCUACAGUUCAAGUAGCAGUUUUAUUCCAAUAAAUAAUAAACCCGAAACACUUCAUUCCGAUCUAUCAAAUGAUAUAUUUGCAUCACUUCAAGUUCCUUCCAAUUCUCACAAUCCUGAAUCAAUAUCACCAACAGCCGCAUUUUUAAUGGCUUUUCCAUUAGUCUCAUCCCUCAGCGGAAAAACGGAAGUUCUUGAUGAAGAAAUGAAAGAAGAAUUUAAAUAUCAAAGUCAAACACCUCCAAUGUUACUUCAAAUCGGUGCAAUUGAACCAAAUAGUUUCAAAAUCAAAUCCUCAAUUGCAAAUCCAAUUACAGAGAAUAAUUUAAAAAAUGACAAUCAAGAAAAAUCAUCCAAUGAAAUUAAAACACUUUCAAAAACAAAUGAAACAGAAAAUAUUAAAGAGCCAUUAAAAAUUUCAACAAUUGUCGAUCAAUUAACAACAUCUACAUCACUCAAUGAUGUUGUCAAUUCAUUUCCUGAAAAUUCACGAAACAUUACAACUGAUAAUAAUUCUGUUACAAUGAUUAAUGAAUCAUUAAUUCAAGUUUCAUCAGCAAAUGAAAAAUCUCUUAACUAUGACACUCCUAAAAAUGAUAUUUUAACAACAAUUUCCACAGAUUCAACAAAAAAUACAAUUUCUACAAAAUACAAUAACGGUACUGAAUAUUUGAAAUCUCAAAAUCAAACAGAAACAAAGAAAAAUUCUAUUCAAAAUUCUCACUAUGAAUUCCCAAAAGUUCCCACUUCCACCGCGGCUAAUUCAUUCAAUUCACAUGAAACUGACGUAUCUUUUAUCAAUUCAGAUAAUAAAACAAACUUUUCAAACACGAGCAAUGAAUCUGAACGUAUUUGUCCAGCAGUUAAAUUGCAAGAGAAAAUUGACGUUAAUUUGCAAAAUAAUUCAAAUUCCGAACAAAUUCAUACGAAAAUUCCCGAAGGAAUCCAAAUGAAUGUCCUUGAUUCUUACAAUAUUCGAGACUCUGAUUCAUUUAAUAAUAUUUUAACUCCAAAUUUACCGAGUACAAUUACAAAUACUGUUCAAAUUGAAACCACCAAUUCAUCGGCAGUACAAUCGAAUUCACAGAAUGUUAAUAAUAAUCCAAAUCCAACGAGUCAUCAUGAACAUUGCAAAACUGUCGAAACAUUUACAGCAACAAAUACUGAAAUUCCAUUUGAAACACGUGCAAUUUAUCACUCGACUAGUGGAGAAUUUCGAAAUUCUUCUACAAAUCAUGGACAAAAUUGUACCACAAAAUUAUCAACAAUCGUUCAAUCUGAGCAGAAAAAUGAAAUUUUUUCAACCAAAAAAAUUGAGACAAAUGAAUUAUCACAAAAUACAAUAUCAUACGAAUGUAAUGAUAAAAGUAAAUUGAUUGACAAAAAAAUUGAUUCAAAUGAUAUAAGAAAUAAUUAUCAACGAAAACCAGUGGAAACAAUUUCUUCUUACAUUGUACCAUUUGAGAAGAAUGAAAAGAAAAUUACAACAUCAACUGAAAAUGAUAAAAAUAUUAUUCUUAAUUCUUAUUCGCAACAGCAACAAUUUAUAACUACUUCUAAUUAUGAAGAAAAUUCUAUUUCUAGAACACAAUCAACUACCACUGUUGCUCAUAAUACUUCGAAUUUCAGUAUUUUAUCGUGGACUACAUUUUCACCCACCAGUGGAACUAAUAAUAAUAAUAAUAAUAGUAAUAAUACUGCUGGUAAUAAUAAUAGCAAUAAUAAUAGUAAUAAUAAUAAUAAUAAUAAUAGUAGUAAUGUCAGUAACAAUAGCAGUAGUAAUCACAAUAAUAAUCUUGUUCAAUUCGAUCAAGGAACUGAUGCCACUCAAUCAAAAACAAUUGGCGAAAAUUUCAAUUAUCUUAACAUCAAUAAAGAAAGUUUUACAAAUAUAUUACCAAUUUCUUCAUCAUAUUCUUCAGAUUUGCAAUCUACAGGUUUUGAUAAGUCGAGAACCAAGCAAUCACCAGAAAUGCAGAAACGAUCAUACAUUGAUAGCUCGAAAACACGAAAUGUUCGUUCAAUUCCUGUUCCACAAAAACAGAGUCGAUCUCAUACUCAAACUCAAAAUCAGAAUCGAUCGCAAAAUCAAAAUUCAUCGCAAAACCCACCACAAAAUCAUACUCAGAAUCAUACUCAGAAUCAUACGCAAAAUCAUCCUCAAAAUCCAAAUCAUUUGCAAAAUUCCAUAACAAAUGAAUAUAAAUUUGGAAAUGAUGGUAAAAAUAAAAUAAAAUACACGGAAAUGGAUUAUAUGCAGAAUGAUUAUUCGGGUAUUGAUAAUAGACAACAGCAACAUGGAUUGAAGGUUUCCACCCAAUUGGCACCAUCAAAACAAGAUAAAUCAAAUUACAUAAUGUCUGAUUAUGGAAUACAGACACAUUAUGAAACUGAUUCCCAACAAAUGCGUUACAAUAUCGAGAUUUAUCCGAAUUCGUCAAAUUUUAAAUACGACAAAACACAACAACAUCAACAUAAAUAUCAAUCUUCUAGUCAGGUGAAUAUUCUUCAACAGGAGAAUACAAAUUACAAUUCUGCUAAUAAAACCCAACAACAGCAGCAACAACAGCAACAGCAGCAGCAACAACAACAAAGUUCCGUUAAAUCAAAAUCUCAUCAGCAAGUCCAACAACAAAAUACAAUUCGACCUCCCGUUAAUUGGAUGAUGACACCAGAAAUAAAACACAAUUCAAAUAUUACCGAUAUUAUUCUACCACCAAUUGGCAAAGAUUUGGAUUUUUGUCAAAAUAAUCUUUUCUCACAAACUCCAUCCUACAAUCAAACAACAUCAAAUCAAUUUUACAACAAUUACGAUGUGACUGCUCAUGGAUUUCCAAAUAUUCCCGUUCUUCAAACAGAUCCAAAAAGAAUGGAUCCAACAUUCUAUCCCGAGGAACAACCAUUCUCUUGGUCUCCAACUAAAAAUAUAACACAAAAUGAUCAAACCCAAACUCUUAAGCCAAUUGAUCAUCAAAUUGUUCCCUCAACAUUACCAACACUUGUCGGUGAUCUUGCUCUAGGAACAAAUCUUCCCGACAAACAAAAUUUCCUCUUCGGUCAAAUGCCUAUUCGAAGUUCAAAUAACGAACCACAAAAAGAUCAAUCAAAAGAAAAAGAACAAAGAGAUUUUCAAAUGAUCAAUCCAAAUGUUCAACACACAACACAGGGAAUGUCCUUUCUAUCAGUCAGUCAACUCGUCGAACAUGAGAAAGCAGAAAAAAAUCAACAUCAUCAGCAACAACAACCGCGUAAACACCAAAGAAAAAGUAAUCCCAGUCCAAGAAAUGCCAAACGUCAAUUGGAAUUACGAAAACAGACAAUUAACGAAGAACAAAAAUCAACGACAUUUGAACAAAAUUAUCAACAACAGGGAAAAUAUCAACAAAAUGAAAUUCAUUGGAGAAGUAGAAAUUGCAAGAGUAAUUAUACAGCUGAGGCAUUAAUUAGCACAAAUACAAAUGACACCACCACAAAUGACACAAAAAAAUAUACAAAUUAUUCUCAAAAUAAAUUCCCCACCGAUCCAAUGAUGCCAAUUAAUUAUUUUCCAAAUGUUGACGAUACAAGUGGAUACGGUCAAGUGGUGAAUCAAAAUUUCAAUCAUUCCUACGGCUAUUCAUCAAAUACUAAUAUUUAUCCAACAACAAAUUUCAUUACAAGCAUCUCAAAUACGCCAACAAAUUAUAUGAUGCCACUUCAUGAGAAUACAGAUUAUUUGGAAGCAAAUAAUGCAUUUCUAUUGCCAUCAACAACGUCGAAUAUUACAACACCAACGCUUGCGAAUAUAAAUUCAAAAAAUCAUAUUGCUACUAAUAAACAUCAGAAUUGUGAUAAACGUUUGUAUCCAUCAACACAAAAGAAAGGCAGUAAACGUAAGACUGAUGUGCAAAAUUUCGAAUUUCCAUUAUCGGGUAUCACUUCUCCAUUAGAUGACUAUCAUCAUACAUUUCUUCCACCCAAUCCUUUAUAUCAGAAUCAUUCACAGGCGAAUGUUUAUCCAAAAACGAUGAAUGCAUUGGCACCACCACCACCACCGCCGCCGCCUCCACCAUUGCCUCCAGCAUCAUCAACAUCGCUUCCACCGCCAAUUGUCUCCGGUAGUCAAGGUAUUCCAUCAACAUCGGGAAUAUCAUCCUCUAAUCCUAUGGCUGUUGGCCAUCAUCCCUCGGGCACCAGUCUUAUCAACUUCAAUCUGAGUACCAUAUUUCCUGAAAUGAACGAUAAGAAUUGUUACAAGUCUUCUGCAAAUGAAAUUCAAUCUGGAUUGGUGCAGUCUUCCAGUCACGCGCCUACAAGUUAUCCACAACGAUCCAGUUACACAAAUGCUUUAGUUCACAUGUCACAGGUUCCUGAAACAAUGCAAUUUACCAGUGAUGUACCACGACCACCACCACCACUAUCGGGCGUUGUUCAUUAUAAAAAUCCUUGACGAACGACGCAAAAAUAUCGACAUUGUCGAGGCAAAGAAAAGCAGAAUGUCAAACCAACGACAAUUACACACUCUGAAAACACAAUGGUGCUCAAUGAUGUUUUGUAUAAAUGUAUAUAGUUCAAAAAAAAAUUAAUUUAAUAUUGUUAUUAUAAUAGAAGUAACAAUAAUAUUAUAUUUAAAAAUAUAAAAUACCACGUAUUUUAAAAACAAA